AUGUCGCCGAUAGCAGCAGUGCUGCUUUUGUUUUGUGCUUACGCUAACGGGGUUGAUGUUACGACUUCUCCGGGCUCAAAUGAGUUUUCCAGCAGUGAGGAAAUCGGCAGAGCGGGUGGUUCGACAAGAAGGCCCAACCAUCAUAAGAAACAUCGCCAUAGGACAACAACAAUAACUCCUGCUGCUUUUACAACCACGAUCAGGACAACAACACGAAGGCCUGGUACACUUGCAGAUACUGGUUUUUCAUCGUUAACACCAACGCGCAAUACGACACCACCACCUCAAUCUCUACCAAAUAUAACUCGGGAUAAACCAUUCAGAGACCCUCUGCCCGGAACCUCCGUACAACCGAUACGCCCGGAUAACGGACCGAUCACAGGGGUGCCAAUAACGGCGGGGGCACCUUUCACCGGCUCAACGGUCGGUUUGACAGGCGGUUAUCCGCAAUCAGUGACGCCAUCAAUACCAUUCGACGAUGCUAUCAAUUACACAGGACGAGAUGAACUGUAUCACGAUAGACGUGAGCGACCAGCUAGACCCGUCGAUUCGUUGGACCCGGAGAAAAAGCGUUCGGAAGCAGAUCUUCCCGAGUGCCGAGCGCGUGCCGUCUGCAAUAAAGUCGACCUGUACGACAGCGGCGCGCCGUGGGUCGAGCGCCAAUGCCGCUGCGUGGCUCCCGACGGCGGCGAAGCCCCCUGCCCCAGUACGGCCAACGCUGAAGAUGGACAUACGCUCGUAGACAAAACGAGGCACUAUAAACUUUGCGAGCCCAUCAAGAGGCUGCCAAAAUGCAGAUAUUUCCGGGACACCACAUGGACACUGACGACGUUACCGGAAGCAAAUGCAACGGAACAAGUCGUGCACUGUCAUUGUCCGCGCAACGCGGUCACCUAUCUCAUCAAGAGGCAGGCGUACAAAACGGCCAAUGGCCAAACGAGCUAUCAGUAUUCCUUCGCCUGCUCGCCACAAAGUAGAUUACGAUGCCAACGCAAAGAGCCAUGCCGAUUAUUCACAGUCCGAAAGAGGCAAGAAUUCCUCGAAGAAGUAAACAGUAGCACCCUGUGCCAAUGCCCGCGAGACCACCAUUGUCCCCGACACCACACGGACCCGGGUUCGAUAUCGGGCAAAAGCUACACCGAAGAAUCAAUACGCACGUAUUCAGGCUAUUGUAUGCCCAGCUAG